UCGUCUUACUUCACAGAAUGUAAUAUUUAUUCUGAAGAUAAGUUUUGUCUAGACUGAGUGGAGAAUACUUUACGGUCGCUUUAUAAAUGGUGUUAAAAUAAUUUGUGUUAUAUGCAUGGUUUUUUUUUAAGCUUCAAUAAAUACCGAAAAAUCGCGUAAUUCUGAAGUAGAUUUUAAAAAAAUACACUGUAUAAAAUUUUCAUGGUCGCGUCAAACAAAAUUUUGUUUAUAUAAAGCAAACAAAGAAAUAAUCUCUUUUACUACACGUUAAAUAUUUGAAUACACUGUGUACGGAGUGAGCGAAAAAGUCUGGGUAUAAGUUAUAAGUUCAUUGACAUAUAAAUUAUUAGAUCAGUCUAAUUGAUAAUUUACGAGAAGAAGGAACUUUUUUUUAGUCAGUUAAUCGAAUUUUAUUGGACAUCGAACAUUGUAUGCAAUAAUAUGAAAAACGAAAUGUUAGCUGCUAAAUAAACUUCAGUGGUUUGUGAAGAUUUCAACAGUUUUAAUAAUUUAAUUUUGUGUGUUUUUCAUUAAUAAUUAUUUUCUUAAAUCAUGACUGUUACUACUAAAAGUGAUGAAAAACCUGUGGAUCCUAUCCAGGAUGCAAUGGGCACCAUGGGACACUGGCAGAUAAUAAUAACAAUAGCAAUUUCGCUGAUAAAUUUUCCUGCAGCGUGGAAUCAACUCGCUAUAGCAGUAAUCGCACCUAGACAAAAUUUCAUGUGUUUAUCUCCACUGCCGAUUAAUCCAAAUGACUCGAUGCUAAAAACUUGCUUUGUCAAAGUAAAUGAAAGUUUACCAGAAGUUGAAUGCGAGAAAUUUUCUUAUGAUGACAGUGUUUUUAAAUCUACGAUCGUCAGUGAGUGGAAUUUAGUUUGCGAGCGUAAAUAUCUUUUAAGUUUUGCACAACCUUUGACUCAAUUGGGAAUUCUUGUGGGUAAUAUGCUCUUUGGAAUAGUUGCUGAUAAGAUUGGUAGAAAAACUCCAUUAAUGAUUGCUGUAAUAGUUCAAGCUAUAGCAGGAAUUAUAACAGUAUUCAUGCCAUCCUACGAAUUAUUUUUGUUAUUCAAAGUAAUUUCUGCCGUUGCUACCGGUGGUACUAUGCUCAUUAGUUUUGUCCUUGUCAUGGAAAUUGUCGGCAUUGAAACGCGUUCAAAAAUCCUGACAAUGUUCCACAUCCCAUUUCUUCUUGGAUUUUUAAGUGUUCCAUUGAUUUCAUACCUAACUAGAACUUGGGACGGUUAUUGGUUGACAAUUUCUGUUCCUGCGUUUUCGCUAUUCUUCUACUAUUGGGUGAUACCCGAGUCUCCAAGAUGGCUUUUAACAGUAGGAAAUGUUAAAAAAGCGCAGUCAAUUUUGAUGAAAGCGGCCAAAAAGAACAAAAUACCCGAGCACAAAGUCUCUAUGGCGAUAGACGAUCACACAAAUUUACUGAAACAAGACACCAGCACUGAAGUUGAUGAUAAUGGAAACUCAAAAUCAUACAGUGUUAUUGAUUUGGUACGAACACCAAAUAUGAGGAUAAAAACACUGUGCAUCGUAUUCAAUUGGUUCAAAUGUGGCAUGGUGUUUUUUGGAAUUGAACAUUAUCUUGGUCACAUAAGCGAAAAUGUGUUAAGUGAUCUUGCUAUUUCAGCGGCAUUCCAAUUCCCAGGACUUCUUCUUGUGUAUAUUUUGAUAUCCCGAGUGUCCCGUCUCAAAAUUCUGAUAUGCGCAAACGUUUUAUCAGGAAUAAGUCUGCUAUUGAUGAUCGCGUUUCAGGACAGCCCUACUAUAAGAUUAAUACUGGUUAUAAUCGGUAUUACUUGCAUGACUGUGAGCUUCCCAACAAUAUACUUGUACACUGGAGAAUUAUUUCCUACUGUAGUUAGAAAUAUUGGGUUUGGCGUUUGCAGUGUCGCUUCCAAACUCGGCAGUAUUGUCGCGCCAUUGUUCAUCGACAAUAAUGCGAAGCUAUCUUUUUGGGUAAUUCCAGUAGUUUUUGGUAUGGGUCCAAUUCUGGGAGCUAUUCUCUGCUACUGGUUACCUGAAACAAUGGAUUGCAAAUUACCUGAGACUAUUGAAGACGGUGAAAAUUUCAAAAAGAGGAGCAAAAUUUGUCAAGACAAGUGUCCAAGUUAAAUAAUUUUAGUGAUUAUUCUUAUGAUUAGUAAUUAUUUAUUAUCUCAAAACUGUAAAUGUGUUUUUUUAUCAUCAUUGUCAUCAUCAGUUUUGACUCAAAUUUAGAAAAUUAUAUUUU